AUGAAAAGCUUUCUAUUAUUAGUUUUGUUUGUCGGGAUCGUAAGGUCUGAUGAAAUUGACGAUGGCAUGUCAACAUCAGAAGAAACGCUGAAACGCGGUCUCACAAAGAAAUGUGUGUCUCGGGAGACAUCAUCUUGUAUCGCUAUCGAGCUUGUAGGAUAUGUCGACAGAAUGCUAAGGACCGCCGCCUUCCAGUUGUCUGACGACCUAAUGGUUGUUGAUGAAAGCAAUGGUGCUGCAUCAGAAAUGCCUGUAAGAUCGGAGACAUUAGCCAGAGCCGGCUCAUCUUUAGAAGACCAAGCACAAAGUUUGAUUUUGGAAAAACUAUGGAACUUUGCCACUACGCGAUCUCUUAGGUACAGGUUAUUGGACACAGCAGACGUUGUAAUCGCUGGAAAGAAAGAAAAAGAUGGAAGCUUAGGCGUUGGUGUAUCAAUGAAAGCUCAUAAAGACAUUGAAAGUGGAAGAGCCAGGAACAAAAACAUGGGUCCAUUUUUAGCUGCUGCUGCGAUGAAAUUUGGUCUGUUGGGUGCAUUGACCUUCAAAGGGUUGUACUUGAUGGUCGGAAAGGCCCUGCUCAUAUCAAAAAUUGCCCUCUUACUAGCAACAAUCAUCGGACUGAAGAAGUUAUUCUCUCCUCAGGUGACCGAU